AUGGAUGGAAUGGUUGCAAUGCUCCCAACUCCACUGCAAAAUUGGUCUACUCAUUUGGAUUUUGAGGGCCAGAAACUGGCUGAGCGUAUUUAUAAGAUCACUCUCACUAUCUCUGGAGUGGUCGGCUUCUUCGUUGGAUUCUGGACUCAACAACUUUCCUAUGCUUUGUACACUGUCAUGGCUGGAGCUCUCAUCACAGCUCUCGUCGUUCUUCCACCGUGGCCGUUUUUGAGAAAGAAUCCUAUCGAGUGGCACACUCCCGCCAAACCAGAG